AUUGGACAGAGGAGCCCAUGAGUCAGGCGCGGGUGAAGCCGAAAAGGCAGCGCCACUGAGGCGAAACUGUUUUACUGCAGGUAAUUCAAUUACGCCCCAAAUUUACUCCACCUCCAUCCCAUUUAAUUUGAAUUGAUUUUAGCGCUCAAACUCCCAGAAAGUUUUGAAAAUUGAAUGGCACUUUCAAAAAACAAUUAUUUCUUCUUCAACUUCUGUACUGAUAUUUGAAAUUGUGGUGUUCGUUGUAUAAAAUUUUCGGCCUUUGAGAAAAAGUCAUUCCAAUUUCACUUGGGUGUUUUGAGUCAGAUUCAGAUUCGUUUUCAAAUUUCAAAAUCGUCGUGAUGGGUUGUGUUUCAUCCAAUUUGCUGAACCAAGAAGACGAGUUCACUCAACUCGGUAGUUCGGCUCUGGGUCACCACAUUGUCUCACUCACCUCCACCACUUAUGGCCUCCUCAAUCUUGAUCCACCGACACCAGCUCAUUCCCCCACCACCACUGCCGCCGCAGUCACCGCCACCACUCCGCCUACCCCACCUCCUAGGUUCACUCUCGGCUCCAUUUUCCCGAGCCCACUGUCCGAACCCAGACUUCUGCCGUCCGAUCCCGAAGUCAUUAACUCGUGGGAACUCAUGUCCGGUUUAGAUUCCGACAGUAGUUUCCGUUUCUGUUCCAAACUCAAGGGAACCUUAAAAGAGAAUUCAAACCCUAAUUUGAAACCUCUUCAUAUUAACUUUCAUAAAGUUUGCAAUUCUGUCCCCAGGGAUAAGAAUGUUCUAGACAAGUUCGAGAAAUUAUGCCCACCAAGCGGUGAAAACAAACUCGUGAUUUACUUAACCACUUUGAGAGGUAUACGCAAGACUUACGAAGAGUGCAAUGCGGUUAAGUCAGUUAUGGAAAACUUUGGAGUGGUGAUUUGCGAGAGAGAUAUAUCAAUGGAUCGUGCGUUUAAAGAAGAGUUGAGGGAGUUGAUGAAAAAUAAAGAGAGAGAAGCGACGGUACCACCGAGAGUGUUUGUGAAAGGGAGAUACAUUGGUGGGGCAGAAGAGGUUCUAAAAAUUGUUGAAGAGGGUUGGUUUAGUGAGUUGAUUGAAGGGAUUCCAAAGAGAAAAGUGAAGGGAGUGUGUGAAGGGUGUGGAGAUGUGAGGUUCUUGCCGUGCUUUAGGUGCAAUGGAAGCUGUAAAAUGGUGAUGAAUGUCAAGGAAGAGAUGGGGCAGAAGCAAGGGGCUAGCGUGGUGGUGAGAUGUCCCGAUUGUAAUGAAAAUGGGUUAGUGCUUUGUCCCAUUUGUAGUUAACUGUGUUCUGUUUUAUCAAAAAACUUUCUUGAUAUAAUAAUAAUAACAGUAUUAGUAAGAUUACUCAUUUUUCUUGUUAAAAGA